CCGAACCGGAGGCGAGCAGAGAAAAAGAGGGAGAGUCGGAAAAGCAGAGUGGACAUACAGCAGCUGUUCGAGAUCAGGACCUUGGAGAGCGCAAAGAAAAGAACCAACAGAACACAACUUUCUUCAGAGUACAUGUGUAAAGCAAUGGUACAACGGUCCGGCCCCCACCUGCUCCUCCUAAUAGCCCUGUGCAGUGUGUUCUACUCCCGGACUCUGAGUCUACCUUACACAUCUAUGAGACCGACGAGACAUGCAGACGGUCUGUUCACCAGCGGAUACAGCAAACUCCUGGGACAGCUUUCAGCGCGGAGGUACCUGGAGUCUCUGAUCGGGAAGCGGGUCAGUGAUGAUGUGAUGGAGGAGCCGGUGAAGCGCCACUCAGAUGCCAUCUUCACAGACAACUACAGCCGCUUCCGAAAACAGAUGGCAGUCAAGAAGUACCUGAAUUCUGUCUUAACAGGAAAGAGAAGCCUAGAAGAUCCUGGAACCAGUGAGCCAGAGGAGUCGAGAGAUGAACCCAACACCUUCCAGGAGAGCUACAAUGACAUCAACGUAGAUCACCUUCUAAACAGCUUUCAGCUGCCACUCUGAGGAGGGGUCCAUACUCGAAUGAAUACCUCAACUCAUCCUAUAAAUAUCCUUACUAAAUAAAGAAAUUAAAAAAUAAAUAAAUAAAAUACACGCUCACACAUAGUAAUAAUCCAAAGGACAUUCAAAAUCAGAUCAACCAACGAUGAUGUGUUUUCCAGUGUGGUUAUUUAUGUGUCCAUCUACGCAGUUCAUGUUCCCACUGUAUAUACAUUAACACAAUCACUAAAGACUCGUAUCGCUGCACUGAGCAGCAUGAGAAUCUGUGUGCAGCUUUGGUUGGCCGGUUGGUAAAUGGCAACAGAAAAAAUGAGAAAAUAUCCUUUAUUUAUUUAUAUUUUUGUUCACAGAAUGCUGAUGUUUCUUUAUGUCAUUUCUUAAACCAUUGUCCAAAUUACAAAAAACUUUGUCCCAUCUAUAUUAAACAAAGAAAAUGACUAUUAAAGAUGAAUUCAAUUUAAAGUUCUUUCAAAUUCUUUGCGUAAGUUGUAGCACUGCACAGUAAAAAAAUUAUGUUUAUGUAAUUCUCAGCUCAACACAAAGCACUUUAACUUAAACUUCUACCUUUAAAAAAAAUCAAUCUUCAUUAGCCUGAACUGAUUCUUGCUUCUGUUUCCUUCAAAUGUACGUUUAACAUAAAAUGUAAAUUCAGGAAAAAAAUUUAAUAAAAAAAAACUAAAUGAAUAUUUGGUCAACAACAACAAUCAUAACAUGAGUUCCAAAAAAAUUAAAUAUGGAAAUUUUGACUCGUAAGAUGAUAAUGGGAAAAAAUAAAACAUUUACGUAGCUCAACUUUAUACAAUAAUUUUAUUUAAUUCAUUUUUUAUGAAGUUAUUUAUUAAAUUGUUUAUUUAAUUGUCUGAAUGUAAAAUCUUGGUGAUUAAGAAAAACUCUAAAGAAAAAAAUAAAGAAAAAGUUUAACUUUAAUUAGACUGCUUGUGCAAGAAAUGUUUACUGGAAUUAGGGGAAAAACAGUAAGGUUAUUUAUUUUUAUUUAUUUAUUCAUUUUAUUAAGAAAAACUAUGACUUAAAUGAUUCUCACUGGGUAAGUAUUCAUAAUGACCAUUAAAUCUGUUCAAUCUGUUAAAUCUCAACAAAACUGUAUCAUUUAAGUUGUUAGGUUUUCCAUAAAACAAUUUGAUUCAUAAAAACUGUUUUUUUGUUCUAUAAUCAUUCCAUCAUCUGUUAACAAGGAUGAAAACAACUGGCUUUUAGCAAAACCAUCAAACAGAAAUUUUAAUGACUGGUGAUCCCGAAUCAAAAACAAACACAUUACUGUCACAUGAAUUCUUAAUAAUACGAAAUAUAAUCAUGAAGCAAAUGUCUUGUUUGUUUUUAAUGUUGCAAUGAUGACAUGUUGAGUGUUUUCUGUAUGUGACCUUUUAAUGAAUUAAAUGAGACAAAAGGAAAGCAUUUAGAAAGGACACAGAUGCAUUUAAUCACUUUCUACUUACUAUUCAAUAUGUAACGCAAAGACAUGUUACGUGUGCAUAGAGCUGCCUUUAGUGCAUAUAGUGCUGUACACCACUGAUCAAAUAAAAGAUGCAGAUUUAUUUUUUAAAGCUGAGUCGUCUUGUCUGGCUGAUUGUUUGAUGAAAUAUCCUGUUCCUAAAGUUGGUUUGUGAUGAACUGAAAGGUACAAAACCUGAUGAAUCAGUAAAUGUGAUCAAAUGGGAUUUUGUUAGAAAGACUGUAUGUACAAAAACCAUAUUAUUUUCUACUUAAAUGGUAAGGUAGAAGUAAGACUGAGCAGAUGAUUAUUGUUGCUGAGAUAAUAAAGAAAGAGGAUUACCUAAAAAGAAAUCGACUGGGUGAUGCAAAUAUGACUUUCAGCACCAUGGAUAGCGACGCUUCCAUAGCUGGCUUAUUUUCUCUCUUUGUUUUAAUGUUUAUCUUAAAAUGUGUUUCCUAAAUGUAUUUUUUCUGCAUUAAAGCAAAUAUAGUUUCUAAAACACCAUGUUAAAAAUAAAUAAAUUAAAGCUGAACUGUAUGAAGUAAAAAUGGAAGUUUUGUUCACCUGCUGAGAAGAUCAAAAAUAACCAAACAAACUACAAAUCAGCUCAAUAAAGAUCAGGAUGAAUAGAAGCAGGUGUGUUUAUGUAUUUGUUAACACUACACUUUUUUAAUGUCUGGAGCAGGAUUCUGAUUGUCUGAGCUCACGUCGGACAAAAUGCAAACUAGGAUGUUGAUUGGUGUAAAGAACAAAUGUGAAGACCUUGAAAAAAAUUGAAUCUGCACCCUUUGAAGAGAUUAAUCCUGUUCCAAAGUGAGGUAAACACCCGAUCCUCGUGUGUCUUACCAGGUGUUUCCAAUGAUGUCCUCGUUAGCACUCCUUUAUGUUUCAUGUCUUUUCUUCACUCCGCUGUUGGUUCAUUGUGUUGUAGUGUGUUGUCACCAGUCCGUUUGGGUUGGCUUUCUGUGCUUCUCAUAUGAAAGUAAGUUUUUUAAAGCUGCCACAGCAGUACUUUUCUAUUUUAAUAAACGUUUUCGCUUUGA